AUGCCCGGCGGCAAGGGAAAGUCUUCUGGUGGUAAGAGCUCAGGUGGCAAGACCAGUGCUGAGGGUCACAAGAAGCAGCAGAGUCACUCCGCUCGAGCUGGUCUUCAGUUCCCUUGCGGACGUGUCAAGCGUUUCCUCAAGGCAAACACCCAGAACAAGAUGCGAGUCGGUGCUAAGGCUGCCGUUUACGUUACCGCCGUUCUUGAGUAUUUAACUGCAGAAGUCCUCGAGUUAGCAGGUAAUGCUGCCAAGGAUCUCAAGGUCAAGCGUAUCACCCCUCGCCACCUGCAGCUCGCUAUCCGUGGUGACGAAGAAUUGGACACUCUGAUCCGCGCCACCAUUGCCUUUGGUGGUGUCCUGCCACACAUCAACCGCGCCCUGCUACUCAAGGUCGAGCAGAAGAAGAAGAAGGCCCAGGCCAUCGAGGCAUAA